AUAAGACAUAUACCAAAUCAAGCAAUUUGAUCUAGUUGACACUAUCCGAGAGUUCCAAAGUCUAAUAUAAGACAUGGUUUCGGCGAUCAAAAUGGCGCUCUCGGUAAUGCAGACGUCCAGUAUCAUACUAUUGUUCGUUUGUAUUCUUCUUAAAGGCUGCAAAUCACAGAUCCAAUGCGCACAGACGGGAAGGUGCACAUGUACAUUUAACGAUCAACAGAAAACAGAAGUUAAUUUUGGCGUGAUUGGAUUAAGGAAUGGAAAACCAAAGUUUGACUUCGACUCCUAUGGACAGCAAGGAGCGUUCGUCUAUGCUUUCAACCCAUGUUAUCCUUUCUCGGCUGGGUCUUGCAAAGACGUCGUCUCGUGUCAAACGGAGGCGUCGGGAACUACAUACUGGGACCUCGGCAACCCCGACCCGGUUUCAUGGGAAACGAAAUCUGAUGGGACUAUUCAAGUUACCUACACUGCUACCAAGGAAGAAGAGGAAAGGAAAAGUGUGGUUAAUUACGUAUGCGAUACAACUGCUAUCAAUGAACCAACAUUUGCAGUAACUUCAGAAUCACCAUUAAAGACUUACAAUAUGGAGGUAAAAACAUGCGCUGCCUGCAGUCCUGCCGUCCAAGGAUGCCCUACGAAAGUUCCACCCGCGCCAUCAAGUGGGCUAACAGGAGGAGGGAUUGUUUGUAUCAUAUUUACAGUUCUUGUAGUGGUGUAUAUCACUGGUGGUAUCCUAUUCCAGGUCUUCGCAAAGGGAGCCACGGGGAAAGAGAUUAUCCCUAACGUCAAUUUUUGGUCGGACUUCCCUGGCCUUGUUAAGGAUGGGUUUCUCUUCAUGAUAUCUCCGUGUAGACGAGGGGGAUAUUCUGAAAUGUAGAAAAUAAUACUAGACCUUACACAAGGCUUGGCUCUGGUUGUGCAUAUCGAGGAAUGUAUUGUUCAUCAACAGAUCGAUUACGAAGUUUAAUAACGACCGUGACAUUGAAAGUUCUAUUAAAAAUGAUUUGAAGAUUGUAAUUAUGAAAUACAAGAAGCCAACGGAAAAAUAAUAUGGAAUGACUAAAAAUUGUGGUGGGGGAAGAAAGCGAUUAGGAGGGAAGUGAACCCGUUGU